CCGCCAGAUGCCAGACGCGGCCUUCCCACUGCGAAAGCACGCUGACCAGCGGGAAGAACCUGAAAGCGAGCCUUGGCUCUGUGAUCGAGUUCGCCCAGCGAGAAGGACGGGAACCUUGGUGUCCGGGACCCUCAGCACAGCUCUGCAGAGAUGCCUCCUCAGCUCCAAAAUGGCCUCAACUUCUCAGCCAAGGUCGUCCAGGGCACCCUGGACAGCCUGCCCCAGGCCGUGCGGGAGUUCGUGGAGAGCAGCGCCCAGCUGUGCCAGCCGGACCACAUCCACAUCUGCGAUGGCUCUGAGGAGGAGAACCGGCGGCUGCUGCACCAGAUGGAGGAGGAGGGCACCAUCAAGAGGCUGAAGAAGUACGACAACUGCUGGUUGGCUCUCACUGAUCCCAGGGACGUGGCCAGAAUUGAGAGCAAGACGGUCAUCAUCACCCAAGAGCAAAGAGACACAGUGCCCAUCCCUCCAAAUGGCCCCAGCCAGCUGGGCCGCUGGAUGUCCGAGGAGGACUUUGAGAAAGCAUUCAAUGCCCGGUUUCCAGGGUGCAUGAAAGGUCGCACCAUGUACGUCAUCCCGUUCAGCAUGGGGCCCCUGGGCUCUCCCCUGUCGAAGAUCGGCAUCGAGCUGACGGACUCGCCCUACGUGGUGGCCAGCAUGCGCAUCAUGACGCGGAUGGGGACGCCUGUCCUGGAGGCGCUGGGGGACGGGGAAUUUGUCAAGUGCCUCCAUUCCGUGGGCUGCCCUUUGCCUUUGAAAAAGCCUUUGGUGAACAACUGGGCCUGCAACCCAGAGCUGACGCUCAUCGCCCACCUGCCCGACCGCCGGGAAAUUAUCUCCUUUGGGAGCGGGUACGGCGGGAACUCGCUUCUCGGGAAGAAGUGCUUUGCCCUCAGGAUGGCCAGCCGGCUGGCCAAGGAGGAGGGGUGGCUGGCCGAGCACAUGCUGAUCCUGGGCAUAACCAACCCCAAGGGCCAGAAGAAGUACUUCGCGGCCGCCUUCCCCAGCGCCUGCGGGAAGACCAACCUGGCCAUGAUGAACCCCAGCCUGCCGGGCUGGAAAAUAGAGUGCGUUGGUGACGAUAUCGCCUGGAUGAAGUUCGACCAGCAAGGCAACUUGAGGGCUAUCAACCCAGAAAAUGGGUUUUUCGGGGUGGCUCCUGGGACCUCUGUGAAGACUAACCCCAACGCCAUCAAGACCAUCCAGAAGAACACCAUCUUCACCAACGUGGCCCAGACCAGCGACGGGGGCGCUUACUGGGAGGGCAUCGACCAGCCGCUGGCUGCCGGCGUCCGGCUCACCUCCUGGAAGAACAAGGAGUGGACCCCCGAGGAUGGAGAACCUUGCGCCCACCCCAACUCGCGGUUCUGCACCCCCGCCAGCCAGUGCCCCAUCAUCGACCCGGCCUGGGAGGACCCAGAGGGGGUGCCCAUUGAGGCCAUCAUCUUUGGGGGGCGCCGACCUGCUGGUGUCCCUCUCGUCUACGAAGCUCUCAGCUGGCAGCAUGGAGUGUUUGUAGGGGCGGCCAUGAGAUCCGAGGCCACGGCAGCCGCUGAGCACAAAGGCAAAGUCAUCAUGCACGACCCCUUUGCCAUGCGGCCCUUCUUUGGCUACAACUUCGGCAAAUACCUGGCCCACUGGCUCAGCAUGGCCCAGCGGCCUGCAGCCAAGCUGCCCAAGAUCUUCCAUGUCAACUGGUUCCGGAAGGACAAGGAAGGCAAGUUCCUAUGGCCCGGGUUUGGAGAGAACGCCCGGGUGCUGGAGUGGAUGUUCAACCGGAUCAAUGGGGAAGGCGGAGCCGACCUCACACCCAUUGGCUACAUCCCCAAGGAGGAUGCGCUGAAUCUGAAAGGCCUGAAAGACAUCAACAUGAAGGAGCUCUUCGACAUCUCCAAGGAGUUCUGGGAGAAGGAGGUGGAAGACAUCCAGACGUACCUGGAGGAGCAAGUGAACGCCGACCUCCCCUACGAAAUCGAGAGGGAGAUCCUGGCCCUGAAGCAGAGAGUCAGCCAGAUGUAAUCGGGCCCAGAGCCCCACCCCUUCGCACCCCGGGAGAUGGACUGGGAGCCGGAGAGAGGGGGGUUUCCGGAACCGACACCACCUGCCACACCGCAAUGACCAACCGAUGAGCAGAUCUGAAAGGCACACUUUAAUCGUUCAGUUAAGACCACAGGAUGCAAGCUAGUAGCUCACGAGAUGGGGAAGGGAAUCUUAGCAUGUCUCCAAAAUUCACGAUUCCUUGCACAUGUGUUCAAUCUGAAAAGCACUCAGGCAUUUCGUCCGUUUCCACUGUAGCUAUGUGAGCGGUAAUGUACAGAAAAAAGUACUUGAGCUGUACAGACGAGUGUGUGUGUGGACUGUGUGUGUGUGUGUGUUUAUGUAUUGUUGUCUAAAAUAUAUUUAAUACCUUUGGAAAAAUCUCGGGCAAGAUUACUUACUAGUUGUUGCUGGAAAUGUCGCUUUAGUAUUAAUGUGUGUGUUUAAAUUAUUUUUGUAUACCGUUGUUCCUUACCUUUGCAUAAUUUCAACUUUUCCCUUUACACUUCUUAGAAAAUUACAAAAUAAACUUUUAUAGAAAGAUG